GUUCUCAGGCGGCAAAGACAUUUGUUCGUCCGUAUACAUAGAUACAAACUAACACGAGCAGUCAAAAACAACACGAACCGGGACGAACUUCGUUCCUUUGUUGGUUUGUGUUUGUGAAAGUGCAGAAUAGCUCCAUAUAGCUUCAUCGCUCUGUUGUCACCAUGGUGAAAAAGAAAAUGGUUUCUGCAGGCGGCUCCAAGGCCCCAGUCAUGAAAAAAGAGACGAAGGCUCAGGAGAACACGGAUGGUGCGAAGCCUCAGGAGGAAAGCACGGGGGGUAAGAAAGCCGCUGGUACUAAGGCGAAGGCGAAAUCGAAACAGAGCAAGCCAAAGCCUGCGAUGGACACUAUUAACUUGUACGUGAUUUAUCGCAAGUGGCUUGAGGAUUCUGAACCGGGAGAACCCUAUUUGGAUGAGGACACGGGAACGGACCGUAUAGAGAUCUUGUGCGCCUUCAAAAAUUUGGACACCGCACGUGCGCACGCUUUCCGCCUUGGGUUGCAGAAAAACCCGGACGUGUUUAACAUGCUGCCGAAGUUGCAUCUUGCAGAGACGGAGCAGAAGCCGGGACGGAACUUUGGGAAGACGUUGAAGAACGAGCUAAAGGACGACAACGGGUGUGAAAUCGACGGGCUUGACUUCAAAGCCGUUCUUGAUGGGACCACCGGGCUGGACGAACAGAACUACGACCGCGAAGAGUCACUACUUUACUAUGAGCUGCACGAUUACUUCGAUCCACACGACCCGGACAUCCCGACGGUAAAGGGUUCGAAGCUGCCUUCUGCCGUUGAGCACCUCUGCAUCCAGAAAGUGAAAUUUUCUCCAGACCAACACCACGUGCCGCCCGAGCAGGAAAGGGACGAGGACGCGGAGUACGUCUAUGUGGUUUGGGAGCAAUGCAGGGGUGGUGAUGGUGAGAGCUGUAGUAAUUCUUUCCCCUUGGGCCUUCGCGUGUACGGAGACAAAAAAGCAGCCGCAGCGUCCGUCUGGAAGGGUUCCACGGUCUGGGAUUUGCAGAAGGGAAAAAAAACGUUUGGAAUCCACAAGCAAACCGGUCACGACCGCAGACACAAAGGUGUCCCGUUCAAUGAAAUGGACAAUACCGAGAACCCGCCCGACUCUGGUGUUUUGUUGAGCACCGACUUCUACGAUGACGGCGACGGGGAAUACAGCGUAAACAUCGAAAAAGUUCAACUCUUAUAGCUGACCUCCCACUUCUGCUGGGAAGAUAACGGUAGUGAUACAGAAAUCAAUGCGGAUUCAGCUGCAAAGAAAUGCAGGCGCAUUCCCCCUGUUAUAUAUACAGCUCUUUGCUCCGCCGGAGUUUAUUGAAUGAUGUCUAGUCAAAGGGAAAGGCUUUGGUAUUCGUAGUAUCGAGAU